UAUCCUCUCUCAUUAUCAAAUUCCCCUUCCCAUAAGAAACCGCUUCCUACUUGUUUGUAUCAAUAAUUCAUCAUUAAAAAACUGUCCCAUUGUUUUAUCCUACUUGAAUACUCAUUCAUGGCCCCUUUUGCCGUUUCAUGUAUUCUGUGCACAAGAUCUUUCAUGUCUUCUUGAUCGAUCGUCUGUUUUUUACUGUAACUUCGUUGACUCUUGUAAUUGGUAUAAAACUAUAACCAGUUAUGGCAUACCCAUGUCUUGAUUUGUAGAUCAAUUGUGGGUUUUGUUGAAGAAUCGAUGUUGCAAGUUAAGAAUUUAGUGGAAAUCAGAUGUGGGUGAUUCGUAGUGGAGCAAUGGGUAUGGGUUGUUUCGGUGCUUUUGAUGCAUGUAAAGCAAGAACUAGAAAGCUUCCAGAUGAUAUUGCUACUAACAACAUUAAACAGUUCUCCUAUAAUUCGUUGAGAUCGGCUACAAGAGACUUUCACCCAUCAAAUAGAAUCGGUGGAGGUGGUUUCGGAGUUGUUUAUAAGGGGGUUUUGAGAGACGACACUCAUAUUGCAGUCAAGUCGCUUUCUGCUGAAUCAAAACAAGGGACAAUUGAAUUCUUGACAGAGAUCAAAACGAUUUCAGGCAUCCGACAUCCAAAUCUUGUUCAACUUAUAGGUUGUUGUGUGGAGGAUGGUCACCGGAUUUUGGUAUAUGAGUACCUCAAGAACAACAGUCUUGCUAGUGCUUUACUUGGCUCAAGAGGCAAACACCUAAACCUUGAUUGGGCUACACGAGCUCAUAUAUGCAAGGGCACUGCAUCAGGAGAUUUUGGACUCGCAAAACUUUUCCCUGACAAUGUCACUCACGUUAGCACUCGAGUUGCUGGAACAGUGGGAUACUUGGCUCCAGAGUACGCUUUAUUGGGUCAACUUACAAAGAAAGUGGAUGUAUACAGUUUUGGAGUACUUAUGCUUGAAAUUAUAAGUGGUAGAAGUAAUAGUAAGGCGGCCUUUGGCGAGGAUCUCCUGGGUCUCGUUGAGUGGGCAUGGAAGCUAAAAGACGAAGAAAGACUUCUAGACAUUGUGGACCCUGACCUAACAGAAUGUCCAGAUGACGAAAUUAUGCGAUUUAUUAUAAUUGCACUCUUUUGUACACAAGCGGUUUCAAACCAAAGACCAUCAAUGAGGCAAGUAGUUGAGAUGCUCACCAAAAAAGUCAACCUCAACAUUAGAUUGUUGACCGAACCAGGGAUAUACAAGCCGAAUUCGUCCUCUAGUCGUUCUAAAGGUGGUGUGUCACAAGUAACAACAAAAAGUGGAGCAUUUAAUGGUCGGAAAUCAAUAAAUCCUUUUAUAACUACUUCACCACAUGUUAGUAAUUCUUUCAGCAGUAUGUCACAAAUGUUUCCUAGAUAAUCAUUAUAUUCAAAUUACUUAAACCAAAGGGUUUCUUAGGUUAUGUACCAUAGCUUUGUAGUUGUUUUUCCUUAUAGCGUGAUCACGAGUCACUUUAAGAUGUAAAUGUAACAC